AUGCAGUCCGACUUCAAAAUGUCCCCCAUCGCCUGGCUGGUCAUCGCGAUAUUCGCCAGCAUCAUUCUGAUCAUUGCCCUAGUCUAUCUAUUUGCAUUGAAGGUACGACACGACAAGAAGAAACAGGCUCGAAAAACCGAGGGCGAUGAGAUAUUCGGCGCCAUGAUUGCGAAUCCAAUCACUAGAUGA